CUUCUACCUGCUCUGCUCCGGCUUUCCAAUCCUCCCUUCACCACUCCACCACUCUUCUCCCACCUCUUGGCUAAGCUUCUUGGUUCUUGCUUGCACACUUGUCCAAGUGUAAAAACAGCAAGCGCUACCUGAUCCAAAAGCUAUAGGGCUGGUAAAAGAUCAAAAGCGCGCGCGGCGCAGCAGGUAAAAUUAAAGAAUCGGAAACCAGGAACGCAUUCCCACUCGAUAUCACCCAGCAGCAGAGCUCAGAUAUAAGCAAGCUCACCAGCACCACCCUUUCCCAUCCUCUCCCACUCCCUUCUCCUGUCCAGGCGUCCACUGCCAUUGCCUCUCUGCAAGAAGAACAGGGAGGGAGAGCCAGUAGGCCGCCAAAGGCCCAGAGCUGCCACCGCACCAUGAUGUCCGGCGGCGUGCUCUUCCUGGCCCUGCUGGCGGCGGCGGCGGCGUUGGCCAUCAUCGUCGCCCCGUCCCCAGCCAAUGCGGCGGUGUCGUACGACCACAGGGCGGUGGUGAUCAACGGGCAGCGCCGGAUCCUCAUCUCCGGCUCCAUCCACUACCCACGCAGCACGCCGGAGAUGUGGCCGGACCUUCUCCAGAAGGCCAAGGACGGCGGCCUCGACGUGGUCCAGACCUACGUCUUCUGGAACGGGCACGAACCCCAGCAGGGCCAGUACUACUUCGGCGACCGCUACGACCUCGUCCGCUUCGUCAAGCUCGCCAAGCAGGCCGGCCUCUUCGUGCACCUCCGCAUCGGGCCCUACGUCUGCGCCGAGUGGAACUUCGGCGGCUUCCCCGUGUGGCUCAAGUACGUCCCCGGCGUCAGCUUCCGCACCGACAACGCGCCGUUCAAGGCGGCGAUGCAGGCGUUCGUGGAGAAGAUCGUGUCGAUGAUGAAGGCGGAGGGGCUCUUCGAGUGGCAGGGCGGGCCCAUCAUCCUCGCGCAGGUGGAGAACGAGUACGGGCCCAUGGAGUCCGUCAUGGGCGGCGGCGCCAAGCCCUACGCCAACUGGGCGGCCAAGAUGGCCGUCGCCACCGGCGCCGGCGUGCCCUGGGUCAUGUGCAAGCAGGACGACGCACCGGACCCCGUGAUCAACACCUGCAAUGGCUUCUACUGCGAUUACUUCAGCCCCAACUCCAACAGCAAGCCUACAAUGUGGACCGAGGCCUGGACCGGCUGGUUCACGGCGUUCGGUGGCGCGGUGCCACACCGGCCGGUGGAGGACAUGGCCUUCGCCGUGGCGCGCUUCAUCCAGAAGGGCGGCUCCUUCGUCAACUACUACAUGUACCAUGGAGGCACCAACUUCGACCGCACCUCCGGCGGGCCGUUCAUCGCCACCAGCUACGAUUACGAUGCGCCGAUCGACGAAUACGGUCUGCUGAGGCAGCCGAAAUGGGGUCACCUGAGGGACCUGCACAAGGCCAUCAAGCAAGCCGAGCCGGCGCUGGUCUCCGGCGACCCCACCAUCCAGACCAUCGGGAACUACGAGAAGGCGUACGUGUACAAGUCGAGCAGCGGCGCGUGCGCGGCGUUCCUGUCCAACUACCACACCAACGCGGCGGCGCGGGUGGUGUUCAACGGGCGGCGCUACGACCUCCCGGCGUGGUCCAUCAGCGUGCUGCCGGACUGCAGGACGGCCGUGUUCAACACGGCGACGGUGAGCUCGCCGUCGGCGCCGGCGAGGAUGACCCCCGCGGGCGGCUUCUCGUGGCAGUCGUACAGCGAGGCCACCAACUCGCUGGACGACCGCGCCUUCACCAAGGACGGCCUGGUGGAGCAGCUCAGCAUGACGUGGGACAAGUCCGACUACCUGUGGUACACCACCUACGUGAACAUCAACUCGAACGAGCAGUUCUUGAAGUCCGGACAGUGGCCGCAGCUGACCAUCUACUCCGCCGGCCACGCCCUGCAGGUGUUCGUCAACGGGCAGUCCUACGGCGCCGCGUAUGGCGGCUACGACAGCCCGAAGCUGACAUACAGCGGGUACGUGAAGAUGUGGCAGGGCAGCAACAAGAUCUCCAUCCUCAGCGCAGCAGUCGGCCUCCCUAACCAGGGCACCCACUACGAGGCGUGGAACGUCGGCGUGCUCGGUCCGGUGACGCUGUCCGGCCUCAACGAGGGCAAGAGGGACCUCAGCAACCAGAAAUGGACCUACCAGAUCGGCCUGCACGGCGAGUCGCUGGGCGUGCACUCCGUCGCCGGGAGCUCGUCCGUCGAGUGGGGCAGCGCCGCCGGGAAGCAACCCUUGACAUGGCACAAGGCCUACUUCAACGCGCCGUCCGGCAACGCGCCGGUGGCCCUGGACAUGAGCAGCAUGGGGAAGGGCCAGGCGUGGGUGAACGGCCACCACAUCGGCCGGUACUGGUCGUACAAGGCCACCGGCGGCAGCUGCGGCGGCUGCAGCUACGCGGGGACGUACAGCGAGACCAAGUGCCAGACCGGCUGCGGCGACGUCUCGCAGAGGUACUACCAUGUCCCGCGCUCCUGGCUCAACCCCAGCGGCAACCUGCUGGUGGUGCUCGAGGAGUUCGGCGGCGACCUGUCCGGCGUCAAGCUCGUCACCAGGACGACAUGAUUGAUUUUGGAAAUGGAGAUCAGGUUGUGAAUAAUUAAUUUGCUUGCUGGGAAGAGAAUUAGAGAAGGGAGAGGAGGGCACACGCACACACACAUGACACCAAAUUCUUUCUUGCUCAUAUGGUAUCUAUAGAUACGGCGUACAUACGGACACAAUUCGUGCUCACAAUACGUACGUACAAAAAAGAUUAGUACUAGUAUUGUCUACUGGAGUCUGGAGAUCAAUCUGUUCUUGGAGUUGGCCGUCGUCCGGCACGGCUGCAGGAACUGCAGCUCACGGCCGGCCGGUAUACAAGUCGCUGUUGAAUGGUGGUAGUAGUAUGAUUUUGCUCUGCAGUCUGUCCACAUAGACUUCAUUUUCUUAGUAGAAAUUUGCAACAAUGAGCUGCAAAGGAGGUUAUUUAUUCCUACCAUGUAUGUAUGAUAUCUUAUUGUGUGAAUUAAUGUCACAAAGAGAAAUAAUGAUUCUUUCCCCACAUCUGGGUCCCUUA